ACAAAGGUCAUGCAGAACCUGAACACCAUCAUGGCAGAGUCUCCGGGUCUCAUCACCAUCUUCCUUCUGGGAUAUCUACUCAGUACUGAAUGUGCAGUUUUCCUUGAUCGUGAAAAUGCUACCAAAAUUCUUAGCCGUCCAAAGAGAUAUAAUUCAGGGAAACUGGAAGAAUUUGUUCGAGGAAACCUUGAGAGAGAGUGUAUAGAAGAAAGAUGUAGUUUUGAAGAAGCACGAGAAGUUUUUGAAAACAAUGAAAAAACUAAUGAAUUUUGGAAGCAGUAUGUUGAUGGAGAUCAGUGCGAAUCAAAUCCUUGUUUAAAUGGUGGAAUAUGCAAGGAUGAUAUUAAUUCCUAUGAAUGUUGGUGCCGAGUUGGAUUUGAAGGAAGGAACUGUGAAUUAGAUGCAACGUGUAACAUUAAAAAUGGCAGGUGCAAGCAGUUUUGUAAAAAUAAUCCUGAUAACAAGGUAAUUUGUUCCUGCACUGAGGGAUACCAACUUGCAGAAGACCAGAAGUCCUGUGAGCCAGCAGUCCCAUUUCCAUGUGGAAGAGUUUCUGUUUCAUACAAUUCUAAAAAGAUCACCCGUGCUGAGACUGUUUUUUCUAAUAUGGAAUAUGGAAAUUCUACUGAAGCUGAAUUCAUUCUGGAUGACAUCACUGACGGUGCCAUUCUUGAUAACGUCACUGAAAACAGUGAAUCACUUAAUGACUUCACUCGAAUUGUUGGAGGAGAAAAUGCGAAACCAGGUCAAAUCCCCUGGCAGGUCAUUUUAAAUGGUGAAAUUGAGGCCUUCUGUGGAGGUGCCAUCAUUAAUGAAAAGUGGAUUGUAACUGCUGCCCACUGCCUUAAACCUGGUGAUAAAAUUGAGGUUGUUGCUGGUGAAUAUAACAUUGAUGAGAAGGAAGACACAGAACAAAGGCGAAAUGUGAUUCGAGCCAUCCCUCAUCACCACUACAAUGCAACUAUCAAUAAGUAUAGUCAUGACAUUGCCUUGCUGGAACUGGAUAAACCUUUAAUACUAAACAGCUAUGUGACACCUAUCUGUGUUGCUAAUAGAGAAUAUACAAAUAUCUUCCUCAAGUUUGGUUCUGGCUAUGUGAGUGGCUGGGGAAAAGUCUUCAACAAAGGCAGACAGGCUUCCAUUCUUCAAUACCUUAGAGUUCCACUGGUUGACCGAGCCACAUGCCUUAGGUCCACAACAUUCACCAUCUAUAACAACAUGUUCUGUGCAGGUUACCGUGAAGGAGGUAAAGAUUCAUGUGAAGGAGAUAGUGGGGGACCCCAUGUUACUGAAGUAGAAGGGACAAAUUUCUUAACUGGCAUUAUUAGCUGGGGUGAAGAAUGUGCAAUGAAAGGCAAAUAUGGAAUAUAUACAAAGGUUUCCCGGUAUGUCAAUUGGAUUAAAGAAAAAACAAAGCUAACUUAAUGAAAACCCUAUUUCCAAAGACAAUUCACUGUGAUUGAAAAUGGACGAUGCCCUUUGCAAACUAGUCUUUCCACCUUUUGUUAAAUUUAAAUAUGUAAGUUCUAUAAAUUCUGAUUUUUAUCUGUGCAGGGGGCAAGCCCAUCGAGGACCUAUUUUGUACUAGAUUGAUAGGUUAGCAAAUAUAAUCACUAGAGAAAUAGUUUAGUAAGAGAUUUACCAUUUCUGUAAGCCCAGCCCUUGUUAAAAUUAGAAAGUGAAGCGUUCCGUGUUGCCCAUAAGGCACGAUGGUUCUUGAUGUAGAGAUGAACCCAAUUCUCCCUCCUUGGCAGCAAUUCAUGUUUACAUCUUCCCUGCUGCUCUCAAAUUUAUUGGUUUUUCUAUCCAGAAUCUUUAGCCCAUUUAAGUCCAGAAGAACACAAGAGCAGUUGCUAAAUUAAAACUCACCAAAGCAUGA